UCGAAUGUCAACGUCCCCCUGAGAGGAAAACACAGCGACGGAGGUGAAGCUACAUAAAGCCCAGUGAGCCAUGGUUCGCGAGCGGGUCGUCCAGAAGAAGUCGUUCCAGCAGAGUCUGGAUGAUAUUAAGGAGAAGAUGAAGGAAAAGCGGAGCAAGCGUCUGGCGAGCGCAUGUGCUGCGAGUCGAGGACUCACCAAGCUGAAGAACACGGCAACAGUGAAGCCAUUUGUGCUGAAGAGUGUACAGGUGAAUAACAAAGCGCUGGCCCUGGCUCUGCAGGCAGAGAGAGAGAAAGUACGGCAAGCCCAGGGGGUCAUUCUGCAGCUGAAGAGAGAACGACAGGCGCUCAUUUUCCACUUGCUGAUGAUGAAGAGGGCUCUAAGUGAAAGGGGCGUGGUCAGAAGUGAACAGACAUCGUCUGCAGACGAGCCAGUGUUAGACGUUGUACAGCUGACCAGCCCCAGGGGCGUGGCACAGGCUGGAGAUUUCACUCAGGAAGGGGAGCUCCGCCCGCUCGAGUCUCUCACACAACAGAAUGAAGGAUCCAGUAAUAGUGAGGCCUCUUUGCCUCCCACCGUUGGAAUGCGUCGGCGGCGAGAUGGGCGGAGGCGCUCUGAGCGGAGGCGGAGCUCACUGUUUAACUCCACCUCUGUGGAUAGUUGUGUAAACGAAGAGGUGGAACCUCAGAGCUCUGAGGUGGCCGAGCAUCCUCAGCUCCACCUUGUCCCAUGCGUCACUGAACACAUUAACGCUGUUCCAGAAGACUCGGAGCAUGAAGCUCCUACCGAGAACACCAAGGAUCAAAGGUCACUCCUGACCGAUUCGGUGGAUCUGUCCAAGGCAGCGCUGGACUCUGAGCAUGCUGACCUGGCAGCAGUGCAGCACUCGACCCCGGAGCCACCGCAGCGCUGUGCAUCUAGACAGACGAAGAGGAAAGCCGCUCAGUCAGCUACCAAACCGGAGCGAGGUCGCAAGGUGGAGCGUGCACCGCUGAAGAAGCCCUGGGAGAAGCCGCGUGCUCGCUCUAAGAGUCGCACGGCCACGGCCGGUUCUGUUCCCGCUACCAGUGACCGGUUAAACUCCUCCCUCGGCAGCAACGACACGUUCGACUUUGACUGCGAAGAGGCUGUACACAUCACGCCUUUCAGAGGAGGAGUCAAAGCCUCAGAAGCUCUGCCCUCUCCGAUAACCAUGCCUUCUCCUGUUGCUCCACCCCCUCCUGCCCCAGCAGACGACGCCCCCAGCUCUUCAGAAGCAGAGCAGGACGCAGACGACAGCCCGUACGUUCCAGACAGGAAGUUCAGACGAACUCGGGGUCCUCCACCACGUCGCACCCGCUCCAAGAGGAGGUCGGCUCAGACGAGAGGGAAGGAGAACACUGGGCCUAAGCAGAACCGCACAGUUCCAGGGCUCUCUGAAAACAUCAAAACCUGUGCUGCAGCUGCAGACGUCACUCUGUCAAUCGAUGCAGGACUACAGCUCCCACAAUCCCCUGCUGCAGACCUGCAGCUCCCAGAGUCUCUGUCAUGUACACCUGCUGAGAAGAGCAACCAGUCAACUCCAGGCCAAGAGUGUCCUGAAGACACUUUGUUUGGAAAAGAGAAGGUGACUCCACCACCUGACGUCCCUGCUGCAGAGGCGGGGCUUAUGAUGAUUGAUGGUCCUUUAUUUGACUUGAUAAACCACCAGAACCAAUCAUCAGAGCAGGAGAACAACAUGGCUAUGGUGAUGCACAAGUCAAGGAGAAAAAAGGGUGGUCUCGUUGUUCGCUCCUGUCUGGGCUUGGCUUUGAGUGACGUGACAAAUCUCUCCCCUGCAGCCUAUCAGGUGCCUCUGCCGGGUCGAGACUCCACCCCCAGUCACUGUCGCAAGAGACGUUGCACGAGCAUCGUGAGCUACAAGGAGCCGUCGAUCAGCUCGAAGCUGCGGCGUGGAGACAAGUUCACAGACACACGUUUCCUGCGCUCACCCAUCUUCAAGCAGAAGUCUCGCCGCUCUCUUAAAGCCAUGGAGAAGUACAACGAGUCGUUCGUAGGCUGUCUCUGAACAUUCCAUCCUUCGCUCCUCCUCGUCCUCCUGCAUUACAACUUUGAGAUCAUCUGUACCAUGUAAAUAUGAAAGUGUGUUUUAAAUGUGUUUUAAUGGCAAACCAUGUAAAAUAAAGUUGGUUUCUUUUAACAAAUAA